UUGAAGUUGUCAACUGGAGUGUUGCGGUAUUCAAGGAGACUGAGAUGGUCACCAGCCUGCCAGAGCACUGGAAGCCAGGUCCAGACUUCUACGGCGUGUCCUGUGAACCCGUGCUGGUCACUGCAGGUGCCGGGGUCAUCGGCUUCCUCUUCUGGAGGAGCAUUCUAUCUGUCAAAAGCAAGUCAUAUCUAAAGAUGGUGGACAGGAUGAAAAAGCUUGAACAAGAGAAGAAGGAGAUACUCCAAAAGGUCGCUGAACUGCAGCAACAGGGCGAAGAACUUAAAGAAAAGCAAAAGCUGUCUGAAAAAUCUGCCACUUUAUCUGUGGAGAAGAUCCAGGAAUUGGAGAAUAUUGUGCAAGAGAUGGAGAGACAAAAUGAGCGCCUCGACGAGGAAAAUAACUUACACGCCAUAUCCUUUGACAAAGAGCGGGCCAAUACUGCGAAACAUGAAGAUAUGAUGUCCGAAAUGGACAAAACCAUUGAGAAGUUGAAGCGCAGCAAGAAGAAGACCCAGGAUACGUAG